GGCAACAUGGGCUCCGCUGGAUCACAGGCCAUCUACCUUCCUGUUCGGCCUUUAGCUCACACUGCGCCAGGACGCCCGGACGUGCACGACAUGCGAGCAACGGGCCGCUGAUGUCUGCUGUUCCGCUCCUGACGUAGACACCACGACACCACUACAUUCUUUGGGUGCUAAUUUUGUCGGGGAAACUCGGUGGUACUUUUUCCCUCGAUACCGUUAGUUGCGGAAGGCAGUUUAAAUAUGCUGGUCAGCAAAACCGUCCCCGCUGACCUGGAACAUAUCCAAAUAGGUUGAAAUCAUUUUGUUGUGCGGCUCGCUGGAAGCAACAUCGGUACAGAUGAUUUGCAUGACAAGAUCAAAUCUGGCCAUCAAGGACGAACGAAGACUAUUCAGGAAUAUCGAAAACAUCGAGGAGAAGAGCGACUUGGCGACUAUUCAGGGGGAUUGGACCGCGACGGAUACUACACCAGGAACAUGGAGGCUAGAUCGCUGGCAGGAACUACAACGUGACGGCCACCAUGACCGUAUCGAUCUGAGAUGGCGCAGACCCUCAGUCGGCGCAUCAAAACUUCACGAAACGCAUAAAGCCUGGCAUCCAAGGACGAACGUCGCAAGCGUGCCGAAACGACAUAAGUCAGUCGCAAGCAGAGCUAAAGCAUCAUCGUACAGUGAAGCGCAACGUGUUCAUACUUUACUAACGAAUUCGCGCUCGACAGCCGUUCAUCUGGUCCACGAAUUGAACGCAGCAAGUUCGUUUGAACAUCAUUAUGCGUUGACCGGGACUGCAGCUCGCGGAACGCCAAACGCCUCGCUCCCUCCACUACCUGCGAUAUCUACCUGCGAUAUCCGCACCGCCCGCAACGACCGUGAUGCCCGCAGCAGCGGCCCGCAAUUCCCGAGCUCGCCCAAUCCGUACCAUCACAGCUGCCCGCACACUGCCCGCCAGCCUGUCCACGGCGCCUGCCACACAGCCUUCCCGCCACUGCCAAUCGCCGCACCCGUGACGCCUCCGCUUAAGACGACGCCACUCUCUCACCCUCCGUGCGGUCCUCGUUUCCAAUAUUGUUUUAAUUGGUCGAAGACUACGAAUUUAGAACCCUCCUUCGUGCAAAUUACCUCUCUCUAA